AUGGCACCAACCCUCUCCUCCAUCAAAGGUCGCCCAGUUGCCGUCCUCGGUGGAGGCGUCCUAGGUCGAAGAAUUGCAUGUGUAUGGGCAGCAGGAGGCUGGGAUGUCAUAAUCCGCGACCCCUCCUCUGAGCAACGAAACGCCGCUCUUCACUACAUCGACAACAAUGUCUCCUCUUACGCCAGAACCACUGACGCUACUCCUGGAAGAACAUCAGCUUUUGAAAGGCUUCCCGAGUCUGUCAAAGAGGCGUGGACAGUAAUUGAAGCUGUCCCCGAGAAUUUGUCUUUGAAAAUCAACACUUUUGCUGAAUUGGAGAAAUACGCUCCGAAAGAUGCUAUUCUGGUGAGCAAUUCGAGUAGUUAUAAGAGUAGCGAGAUGUUGGAGAAGGUGGGGGAGGAGACGAAGAAGAGGAUCAUGAAUACUCACUACAUGAUGCCGCCUGAUAAUCGAAUUGUGGAGCUCAUGACUGAUGGACAGACGGAGGAGGAACUGAUUCCGUUUUAUGCUGAGAGGUUGAGGGAGGUGGGGAUGCAUCCUAUUGUUGCUAAGAAGGAAAGUACUGGGUUUGUGUUCAAUCGUGUUUGGGCUGCGAUCAAGAGAGAGUGUUUGUCGAUUUUGGCAGAGGAUGUCAGUGACGCAGAACAGCUGGAUCAAGUGUUUAUGGAUAUGUUUCAUUCUCCAGCGGGCCCGUGUGCAAUGAUGGAUGCUGUGGGCUUGGAUACAGUGGCUUUCAUUGAGGAGCAUUACAUCAAAGAGAGGGGUCUCAAUGGCGAUAAGACAGUGGACUUCUUGAAGAAGAACUUCUUGGAUAAAGGAAAAUUGGGUGCCAAGAGUGGAAAGGGGGGACUUCUGCCUCCAGGACAUACCACUAAGACAACAGGCGAGAAACGGAGUAAUCACGACCAACUCUCAGCACCUUCUCUAUAUUUUCUCAACAUUGGUCUCAAUUCACUCUCGGAUACACUGCACAGUGGUCGCAUCGUAGUAGGGUCACCUGAUGGGCGCAACUUGCGCACUAUCGUAUCAGGUCAGACCCUUCCCGACGGUCUUGACAUCUCACUCAAGACUGGUCGAAUUUAUUGGACCAACAUGGGCGUACCAAGCUCCAAUGAUGGAAUUGUUCAAUCCUGCAAAUUGGACGGCAGCGAUGUAAAGACUGUGAUCCCGAGAGGAAACGUUCACACCCCAAAGCAAUUGAUUAUCGACCAAAGGAACGACAAGUUGUAUUUUUGUGAUCGAGAAGGACUCCGUGUCAUGAGAUGUAACUUCGAUGGCUCCGAUCAUGAGAUCCUCAUCCAGAACGGGGAUUUCAACAACGAGAACGAUGCAGCAGAUCAGAUGAACUGGUGCGUUGGUAUAAGUGUGAAUCAGAAGGAAGGAAAAUUCUACUGGACGCAGAAAGGUCUUUCCAAAGGAGGAAAGGGAAGGAUCUUCAGAGCUAGUAUCGAGAUGCCAAAAGGUGAAAAUGCCUCUUCUCGAAGUGACAUCGAGACUCUCUUCACUGGUCUUCCAGAACCAAUUGAUCUUGAGAUCGACGAAGAUACUCAGACACUGUUUUGGACAGACAGAGGAGAUCCACCCAUGGGUAACAGCUUGAAUAGUGUCAAGCUUGAGAAUUUGAGAAGUUUGAAGGACGGAGACAAGAACCCCAAUUACGAGGUCUUGACGAGACAGUUGCACGAAGCAAUUGGGUUGAAAUUGGAUCAAGUGAACAAGCAUGUUUACUUGACGGACUUAGGUGGAUCUGUGUACAGAGUUGGAAUGGAUGGGAAAAAUAAGAAGAAAGUGUACGACGAAGAAGCGGCGUUCUCGGGUAUCGGGUUGGCUCAUGUAUAG